AUGGGGAGCAGAAGAACGGAGAAAAAGAAUGAUCGUCUUAGUGAGUUGCCAGAUGAAAUUCUGAACACAAUCACUUGUAAGUUGAACAUAAAAGAUGCAGUGAAGACAAGCAUUUUAUCGAAAAGAUGGAGAUACAUUUGGAUUAACCAUGCUGACUUCAAAUUUAACCGUCUUAAUAUACUUGGAUUGGGAUAUCCCUUACACAAACAUUGGGACACUCGUUUUGUGAAAUUUGUGGACCACAUUAUGCAGCAGCGGUUGAAAGGCAGCAACAAGAUUAACUCAUUCUGUCUUCAGUUUGAAUUGGGGAAGUGUUUUUCUCAAUCUAUUUAUCGGUGGAUCACUUGUGCAGUCAGAAAAGGUGUGGAGACCAUUGGUCUUGAUUUGUCCAGUGGUACCUUCGGUUGUCGUCCAAUUUCUUCCUACAAACAACAAUAUAAGUUGAAAUAUAACUUUUUGUUGCUUAAGACUGUCUCCGAAAAUAAAGGGUCAUUGAAACAUCUGCGAGUGGCCUCUUGCAAUUUCCAGGAUCAGUCAACUUCCGAAAAGUUUGGUUCACUCAUUUCCCAUGAGCUACAAAGUGUAAAUAUAACCAGCCUUCAAUUGACUAAGUUGCUCAAAAUCUUACCAGAGUACUUACAAAUAGGGAAGAAGGAGGUCAUUGAGAAAUUCCCUAAUGGAACCAUAACCAAGCUAGAGUUGAAUGGGUUCAUAGGAAACCAACACCAAGUUGAUUUGCUUGAGUAUCUAUUAGAGAAUCUAAAUGGACUUAAGUAUUGGCUAUUGGUCCAUCUAACAAGAUAUACAAAAGCUUCAAUUGUUGGGACAAUAUAG